GCGAUCGGAGCACCGUCGACGUAAUUUAAAAAAGUUUUUCGUCUGCAUUGUGUUUCAGCUGAAUCCGGUCGCAUUCUUUGCUGCUGCUGUGAGGACAUUUUUCUUCAGUUUCAGACUAGCUAGCAAGCGGCGAAUCAAAAAUGGCUUCAUCUCAGAAGUGUCUUGCCAAAGGAAGUUCUCCCCCGGGUCCAGUCCCCAAGGGGCGUAUCCGACUGUACAGUAUGAGAUUCUGUCCUUUUGCACACAGAGCUCGACUGGUGCUUCAUGCCAAGGGUAUCAAACAUGAUACUAUCAACAUUAACUUGAAAGACAAACCUGAUUGGUUCUUUGAGAAGAACCCGUUUGGUCUGGUCCCAGUGCUGGAAACUCCCGGAGGCCAGGUGGUCUAUGAGUCACCAAUCACGUGCGAUUACCUGGAUGAGGUUUAUGCUGAGAAGAAGCUGCUUCCAGCAGAUCCUUUUGAGAAGGCCCAACAAAAGAUGCUGCUGGAACAUUUUUCCAAGGUGAUACCAUAUUUUUAUAAGAUUCCCACGGUAAGGCAGAGUGGAGAAGACACUUCAAAACUGGAAGAAGAGAUGAAGGAGAAGCUCAAGAGCUUGAAUGAGACCCUUGCCAGAAAGAAGACCAAGUUCUUCGGUGGAGAUUCCAUCACCAUGAUCGACUACAUGAUUUGGCCCUGGUUCGAGAGGAUUGAGAUGUAUGGAUUGGAGCACUGCAUGGAUGGCAAAGCGGAGCUGAAGAAAUGGACGGAGUUCAUGCUGGAGGAUCCCUCUGUCAAGGCCAACGUGUUCUCCAGCGAGACGCACAAGGGCUUCUACAGGACGUACGCAGAAGGCAAACCCGAUUACGAUUACGGCCUGUAGGAAGGGAAGGUUCUGUCAAGACAAUCUGCAUUUGCUCUCUUCCUUUGUCUUGAUAGCAUGUUAAGAGAAAAGAAAUGCCUGACACUUCACUGUGUCAAGUUUUUCUCCGCAAAAUGUGCUUUAAAUCAUAUUUUUGUUGUAUGCCGUGUCUGUUGAUUUGUGUAUUGCUGAAGAAUCUCUUGGUGCAAGUUCAGUGAUUUUUUUAUAAUGCCUGGAAGUGUGUGCCGUAAGCAAAAAUGGAAAUCAGAUGGGUGUUAAAAUGUUGUCUUUUAUUAUUUUUCUACUGAGCGGUAAUUGAUAAUCAAGAUUCUGUUUUAGCCAGUGAGAAAUCCAAUAUGUUCUGCAAAUAAUUUCUUGAUCCAAGGCCAUUUGAAAUAUGUUUUAUGAUUUCAUGAUUGUAGCUGCACUUAAUAGAAAAGCAUAUGAUUUUCUUGGUAC